ACUCGGGGAGGGCCGAGCAGUCGGACCGGCUGCUGAGACGAACGCUUCACUGGGGCAGUCUCCGCAUAUCAUGGGGAGAUAGACGCUGCUGCCUGUGAGUCUUGGGCCCUGGCAGUUGAGGAAUAAGAGCGGGAGGAGGGAGUCAGGACCCAGACCACAGUGGUCAGUGUUCGAAGAGCCAAAUUGUGAAGGAGACUGGGCUGUGUGAGGAAUCAGGCUCGUGGGACGGGACUGAGGGGCUCGGGGAUCGGAGAAGACGCGGCUGUGGGGACCUGGGCUCCAGACGGGACUUAGGGAACCGGGAUGGAUGUGAGUUCUCCCGCACGCAAGGGAAAGCGAGUUGAGAGAGAUAGGAUUAUGAGGAUCCGUGCUUCUAAGAGGAGAGGGUCGGAACUGAACGGGGUGUGAAGACACGGACUCCUGAGAGGUAAAAGCGAAGCUGUUAGGACUUGGGCUCUUAAGCGGCAGAAGCGGAACAGUGAAGACCCAGGCUUCUAACGAUUCAGAAACAGGGCAGCGAAGACAGGUUCCUGAGAGGCAGGAGCGUUGAUUGGCCUUGGUCCUCAUAGCUCCAAAAAGAAACAAGAUCUCGAUAAGCUCUAUGAGCUGAAGUCCAAAGCACGGCAGAUUAUGAACCAGUUUGGCCCCUCAGCCCUAAUCAACCUCUCCAAUUUCUCAUCGAUAAAACCGGAACCAGCUAGCACCCCUCCACAAGGCUCCAUGGCCAAUAGCACUACAGUGGUAAAGAUCCCAGGCACUCCUGGGACAGGAGGGCGUCUCAGCCCUGAAAACAAUCAGGUAUUGACCAAGAAGAAAUUACAAGACUUAGUAAGAGAAGUGGAUCCUAAUGAGCAAUUGGAUGAAGAUGUGGAGGAGAUGCUGCUGCAGAUCGCUGAUGAUUUUAUCGAGAGCGUGGUGACAGCAGCCUGCCAGCUUGCUCGGCAUCGCAAGUCCAGCACACUGGAAGUAAAGGAUGUCCAGCUGCAUCUAGAACGCCAGUGGAACAUGUGGAUCCCAGGGUUCGGCUCUGAAGAAAUCCGACCCUACAAAAAAGCUUGCACCACAGAAGCUCAUAAACAGAGAAUGGCAUUGAUCCGGAAAACAACCAAGAAAUAACACAUGGAAAGGUCAGGGAAUGGACAACAAUGUAUUUGGAGAUACUUGAGCUGAGACCUCAGCCAUCUCAUCCUUGGAUUUUUUUUUUUUUUAAUGCUUUACAGAGAAGCAUAUAUUUUUUAUUAACAGUGCAGCAAUAUCUAUAAUGACUGAGAAGAUCUGCCAAAAGAAUAAAGCCUCCUACCCCAACUUCCAGUCCCAUUUUCCUCCCGUCUCAAAGAAGAGCAGUGUAUCUUCCAGAGAAGAUUUUAUUUGGUUUAUUAUAUAAGUGAUUGACUAGGGGACAAAGCAUUAUGGUCUUGUUUGGUGAGGCAGUAUUAACAAGAUUUUAGAGAUUUUUUUUUCCUUCUCCCUUCCCCUUUUCCCUGUACUUUGUAAUGUCAGUGUUUAUAUGAAUAUGAUUUUCAUUUCCUUUUCCAGAAUAAAGAAGUUAUUAGUCAAAAGACA